GUCGUCGACCCGGACGUGCAGGUCGGGCUCGGCGUCUUGUUCUACAGCAACAGCGAGUACGACAAGGCCAAGGACUGCUUCGAGGCGGCGCUCAGCGUCAGGCCCAACGACUUUACGCUCUGGAACCGCCUGGGCGCGACGCUCGCCAACUCGGGGCACCCCGAGACGGCCAUCGACGCGUACCGUCGCGCGCUCGACCUGCGCCCGACGUUUACGCGCGCGACGUACAACCUCGGCGUGUCGUGCCUCAACAUUGGGUGCUACCACGAGGCGGCCGAGCACUUGCUCGCGGCGCUCCAGGGGCAGAUGACGAGGGAGGAGGCUGGGCGCAAGGGCGUCGGUGCGGUGGGCGACCAGGACAUGGGGCGGGCGCCGGACGGGUCAGAGAACCUGUGGCACACGUUGAGGAGGGCCUUCCUGUGA